AAGGAAGAAACGAAUAAAAAUUCCCUCGGGUACUUGAACUACCCGCAAAUUAGGGUUUUAUCUUUCUCUGGGUUUCCUCCCUUGCAGAGCCCUUCCCGGCCCUAUCCGGCUAUCCCCCAGUGCUAUUUGCUGCGGAAGCUCAGCAAGUUUUUCCCAUAAAAAAUUAAAAAAGGAAGUUAGAUAAAAGGAAAAAUGACAACUGUGGUUCCUACUUCGGAGGAAGAUCCUGCGCUCUCCGUCGUCCGAUUCACCGCCGAGCUGUCCUGGGCUGAUGCGGGUCUCGAGGUAUCGGAGGCACAGGUAAAUAGCUUGUGCAUGGAGGCGCAGGAGUGCAUGAUUGAAGGUAGAUGGCUGGAUUUGGCUUCUCUCAUGCUUACGUCUGCUGAUUUGAUCUUUUCCAAAGCUUCCGAGAAAGAUCUUGAGUGUGUUUUCACUGUGAUUUGCAACCUUGUUAAGAAGGCUGAAAAUUUUGAUCAAGUACACACGAUGGCAGAUAUCAUAUCCUCAAAAGUCACCCAACAGCCCAAUGUUAAACCUGCAUUGCGAGUAAAAAUUUUGUUCAACCUCUACAAUCUGCUGGAGAACCCAGCUAGCUGCUUCUUUGUGUACAUGAAAGCUCUUAGCGUGGCAGUCAGUGGAAAAGUCACUGAACAUGUAAUACCAUCAUUCAAGAAUAUAGAUAGCUUCUUGAGGGAAUGGAAUCUUGGGGUGAAGGAUCAGAGAGAGCUCUUCCUCACCAUCUCUAAUGCAUUGAAAGAAAAUAAGAGCUCUGCAAAGGAUUCUUUCAAGUUUCUCACUAGAUAUCUCGCAACCUUUUCUGAUGAAGAUGCAUAUGCUCUGAGUGAAGCAAAGGAAGAAGCAGUCCGUGCUAUAGUUGAUUUUGUGAAGGCACCUGACAUGUUUCAGUGUGACCUGCUAGAUAUGCCUGCUGUGGCACAGUUGGAGAAGGAUGCUAAACAUGCAUUGGUAUAUCAGCUUCUGAAGAUCUUCUUGACUCAGAGGCUGGAUGCUUACUUGGAUUUUAGUACUGCAAAUUCUACUUUGCUGAAAAGCUACGGACUUGUUCAUGAAGAUUGUAUAGCUAAAAUGAGGUUGUUGUCAUUGGUUGAUCUUGCCUCCAAUGAAUCUGGCCAAGUUCCUUAUUCUUUGAUCAGGGACACACUGAAGAUGUUGACAUUUUCACAGAUUGAAGGGGAUGAGGUUGAAUCAUGGGUUGUUAAAGCAAUCACAGCAAAGUUAAUCGACUGUAAGAUAGAUCAAAUGAAUGAAAUAGUAAUUGUGAGACGUGGUACAGAGCGUGUUUUUGGGCCACACCAGUGGGAAAUACUCAGAGCAAAGCUUGUGAAUUGGAGGACCAAUAUUGCAAACGUCAUUACCUCCAUUCAGGCUAACAAGAUAUCAGAAGACAGCACACAAGAAGGAUUGAUGAUUCGCUGAAAUUUGUUCGUUGAUCAGCCAUUGGUCCAUGGAAAUCGUUGGGUACCAGACAGAAAUGGGCUUCCAUGUGGAAAAAUCGCAAUCUCUGUUGUUACUUUUGAUGUCAGAUAACAUUUUGUAUCUUUAUAGCCUCGGUUUAGGUUAAAUUUAAAGACAGCAAAAAGAAAGGUUGAAAAUCUGUGUUGCAUGUCACAAAAUUUUGGAGUCAUUUAAGCUGUAUGGAAACAAUUUUGACUCGUGACCAUGAGUUGCUUAGUUUGAUUCAAUCGACUUCUGCAGUGUAUGUUAUUUUGUAAUUGGGGCCGUUGGAACU